AUGCGUAUCACUCUUCAAAAUUUCGGCCACGAGUUCCAAAGCAUUGUUACCGAAUUAAUUAAUGCUGGCCAUAAUGAUAACGAAAUCAGACAAUUCCUCCAGGAAAAUCACUCGAUCAUUGUUUCCCAACGCACACUAACCCGACGCAAAGAAGACUGGGGCUUGAUCCUGCAUGCCUCUCAGCAAAUGGCCGACACUGAAGAGCACAUCAAGAAGUAUUUCGACCAAGGCUUGACCUACUCGCAAAUCCAUCAUGCACUAACUACUUCUCACAACUAUACUCACUCCAAGCGUACCCUCCAGAGGAAGAUUACGGCGAUGCAGCUCUCAAGGAGGUUGGACGACUUGGAUACCGCACGAGUGACCAUCGAGGCCGUUGUAUCAUGUGUAAUGCAUCUCCACCUGACUCCAGAGGGAAGGAAUGUUGGCUACCGACGUAUGCGACAGCUCCUCCAGACAAAGUUUGGCAUCACCCUCCACUACCUCACAGUUGCACUCAUCAAUCGUACACUGGACCCCGAUGGUGUGGAAAAUCGAGCCAAGAGGGUACUCAAGCGAAGGGUCUUCAAAACACCAGGGCCCAACUACAUAUGGUCAGCAGACGGUCACGACAAGUUGAAAAAAUUUGGAAUUACUUUAUACGGGUUCAUCGAUGCCUGGAGCCGCAAGAUCCUCGGUAUUUAUGUCCACAUCACCAACAACAAUCCCCGCCACAUCGGUUAUUACUAUCUUCAGCUGGUCAAAGAAAUAGGAGGAAUUCCUCGACGUACAUCUACUGAUAAAGGGACUGAGACAAUUCACCUGGCCGGCCAUCAGAUAAACCUCACAUCAGCAAUACAAUGA